AUGUUCCACCGACCAAGGUCCUCGACCUCACAGAGCACCUCUGCGUCUACGUCGUACGGAUAUGGUGACUAUAUAACCAUCACUACGUCCCGUCCAGGUACCCGCAGAAACACAGGUAGGCCCUCGACUGCACGACCAAGAACCGGUGCCUCUACUAUCGCUAGAGUCGAGGCUCAGAAUGUUGUCUGUGCUAUUGCCGAGUCUCGGGGGAUUUCACCUACCGUUGGUCUGGCCUUCGUGAACCUUGACACAGCAGAAGCAGUACUCUGUCAAAUCUGCGACAGCCAGACUUUCGUCCGAACUGUCCAUAAACUGAAGGUCUACGGCCCUUCCGAGAUUCUGAUCGUCUCUACUGCAGCGAGUCCUAGGUCGAAGCUCUUCUCUAUCAUUGAAGAGAAUCUUGAGAAUAUCGGCAGCAAGUUGACUCUACUUGAUCGACGCUAUUGGGCUGAGUCGACUGGAUACGAGUACAUUCAAUCUCUAGCUUUUAAAGAGGAUGUCGAAGCUAUCAAGGUCUCCGUCACUGGCAACUACUAUGCAGUGUGCUGCAUGGCAGCAGUGAGUGUCCUUCCCACCCAUUUGCGCAUACUAUGGCUAAUUUCAAAGGCGCUUAAGUACAUUGAUCUGGGUAUGGGUAUGGUCUUCUCCAUUCAAUCGCUCCGGAUGAGAUAUGAGCCGUCAGAAGGAUCGAUGAUGAUCGAUGUGUCCACUAUCUACUCGCUCGAACUGGUCCAGAAUCUCCGUGAUCCGAAGUCAAAAGAUUGUCUGUUUGGCCUUCUUAACGAAACGUCGACACCCAUGGGCGCACGGCUCCUCCGGAGCAAUAUUUUACAACCACUUACUGAUCCAGAAGUACUCAACACGCGAUAUGCUGCAGUGGACGAUCUGACCAAAAAGGAAGAGCUAUUCUUUGCAACACAGGCAGCGCUGAAAAAUUUCCUCGAUGCUGACCGCAUACUGACCGCGCUAAUCAUCACACCAAGCAAGCCAACUCUUCAGACAACGGAGCAGUCUAUCAAUCACAUCAUCAUGCUCAAGCAGUUCAUAAACUCCGUACGGCCUGUCUUCGAAGCCCUUACUGGAACUAAGUCUGUAAUGUUGAAUAACAUUCGCGAGAUUUGUGCACCAGAGAACGUCGCGCCUGUACAAGAGUUGAUCGAUCACGUCAUCAACGAAGACACCACGUACGCAAGGCAGCCUCUCGAACUGAGGAAUCAGCGCACAUAUGCCGUAAAAUCAGGAGUCAAUGGUCUACUUGACGUUGCGCGUACUACUUAUAAGGAAGCCACAGAAGAUGCGUAUCAACACUCAAAUGAACUCAGUCGUAAAACACAGUCUGUUCUUACGGCAAACACACUCGCUGACUUCAAGAAGAGGAGCACGAUAUUCGACUCGACCUCAAAUAUGACACAGCGCGCCAGUUCUACAUGA